GCGGCGGUCGGGAGGACGUGCCUCGCCGCCCAGCCAGGCGAGGAUGCCCUUUGUUCGCCUCAGGCCUACCUGGAGGUGGGGGGCGUUGUUAAACCGGUGCCGUUCGUCCCAGUAAGUCACAGGGGAGCCCGGUGAGACUCAUCCACCGCCUCUGUGGUUCGCUUGUGUUUUGUUUCUGCCCCUCAACAAAUAUGUGAGAUCUACUGGAAGGUAUGUUAAGUGUUAUGUGGUUUCUGAUGCUCUUUAUGGCAUUCCUCCCUCCUAGUUAUACAGAUCGUAGCUGAUGAGUAGUACUGUCAUGCUUAGAGCUGAUUUACUGAAAGAUUAGAUGCUGCUCUUCAGCUGUUACCUAUGACCCAUUUUUUCCUCUUAUGCUAUGCUGACUCACUGUCCAGGUUUUAGUAAGAAAAAGAUUGCAGAGAGACAGCAACUUGUGCAACGUGUAAAGCAGCAAGAGCUUAGGAUACUCCUGCUUCAAAUAGAGCAGUGGCUCCUGGUUUCUUCAUAGUUCACAUCCUUGAUUAUCUGUCUUUGAAGAAGUGGACUAAGUCUUGACUCUUGGGGUGGUCAUCCCUGAAUCUGGGUCCCUCUAAGACUGCUGUGACUGACAAAGCUCGAGUGAAACUUGAAAAAGCAAAAAGUCUCAGCUCUGAUGAUGAGAAACCCCCUGGCCCCGGCAGGACUGGGGAGGGCUGCCAUGGCAAGGACCGGGCCGUUGCAAGAAUGGCAGGGGGCGGGGUGCAAAACAUUAUGAGAGGGCCAGGGAGGUGCCUCCUUGCAGUGUCAAAUUACUUUAAUCCAAACUCUCUCAAAUGCAGCUGGUCCAGCAGACAGAAGUGAGCUGAGAUUUGCCAGCCCAGAGCUUUCUCUCUGCGGUUUUUCUCUAGGGGAGGUUAGAUGUUUUCAUCAAUCCUGAAGAAGAGUGGAGUCAGGACCUGCUAAGUGUGUUGAUCUGCUUGUGCUCUGGACCAUGGACUCAUUGAGAGUUUCCCUAGUGUGAAAAUGUCCAGCAGUAACCGGGAAUUAGUGAUUGACUUUGUUUCCUACAAGCUCUCACAGAAGGGAUACAGCUGGAGUCAGCUCGAGGAAGAGGAUGAGAACAGGACUGAUCUUGCGGCAGAGGCUGGGAUGGCCAGUGUCCUUAAUGGGAGCCCGUCCUGGCAUCCCCCUGCUAGCCACAUAGUGAAUGGAGCCACUGUGCACAGGAGCAGCCUUGAAGUCCAUGAAAUUGUUCAAGCAGCUGAUGUGAGGCAGGCACUGAGAGAGGCAGGAGAUGAAUUUGAAUUGAGGUACCGGAGAGCUUUUAGCGACCUCACUUCCCAGCUCCACAUUACCCCUGGCACAGCAUAUCAGAGCUUUGAGCAGGUGGUGAAUGAACUCUUCCGGGAUGGAGUGAACUGGGGUCGCAUCGUCGCUUUCUUCUCCUUCGGAGGGGCGUUGUGUGUGGAGAGCGUUGACAAGGAGAUGCGGGUAUUGGUUGGACGCAUUGUAUCUUGGAUGACCACGUACUUGACCGACCAUCUAGAUCCCUGGAUCCAAGAGAAUGGCGGAUGGGAGCGAUUUGUGGACCUCUAUGGGAAUGAUGCUGCUGCCGAGCUGAGGAAGGGCCAGGAGACCUUCAACAAAUGGCUCCUGACUGGGGCAACUGUGGCAGGAGUGCUUCUGCUGGGAUCUCUGCUGAGCCGCAAGUGACCCGACACCGAGUCCUCCCGUUGCCAGGAGAGCUGCGCCUUCACCGCAACAUCCACUACACUCCGCUCCCCAACACUGUCACCACUGCAGGGGCAGACCCCCGCCACCUCCCGGGGCAGCUGUCCUGCUCCACGGAGCUCUCUUCCCAGUGCCGCCAGCUCCUUUUCUUGUAGCUCCUCUUAUUUACCGUUCCGUUGUGUUUUAAAGGCGCUGAGACCAAUGCAGCACUUCAGCCAACCGCUCCCAGCGCUGGGGAGAUCCAGGCAGCUGGGGGGAGUCCUGGCUAGAAGGUGUCCCAGCCCUGCAGGAUCCUCUAAACCACUUUGAGGAGAAUAAACAGACUUAUUUUUGCAUGUGUGAGUGCGUGCGUGUGUGUAGAUGUCUCACUAAUAUAAGGUUCCCUAGCCAGAGCAAGGGUCCAGGCUCUGUGACCCCUGCCGCGCGCAUGCUGCGUCUCCGGCUCGUGGCUCAGCACCUGCACAGCGGCUCCCAGCCCUGCCCCAGGCUGCUGCUCUGCGG